GGCAAGCUGUUGAUGUCAGAGUGAUGAUGUGGGGAGGGACAAUCUCUGCACUAUAAAGAUGGGUCAAUCGAAUAUAAACUGGGGCUGACCAGCAGAGAGAAGGAUCUACAAAACAUGGUCCCCGCCAGUUUGAGUCCUGCUGGCCUGUCUCUGCUUCCAACCCAACUGCUAUUGGGCUUCAGUUUCAUGUCAGCAAUCUCUAUUUGCUUUCCAAAAAUAAGCCUCUGCCAGCAUGCUGAAGAGAGAAAAACUAGAAGGGCGGUAUUUUUAGGGCCAUUAAUUCUGACCACGUGCCCAGGAGGUGAACCGGAUGGCCACUGCACAAAGACUUCUCAUCACUAUGUUCUGCGAAGCCAGCGUUCACCGGACGUUGCCUGCCUUCUUUCUCCUGGGUUUUCUUGCUGGGAUUGCUUCAACACAUCCAGUUGUAAGCAGAACCAAUGGCACAUUACUGGAAAGAGGAUGGCAAUCUCUGUUGUCCAGGUCCAUUGCUGGGAUGUCAGGGGACAAGUCAGAUGUGAACUGGGAGAGUGACUAUUUGCUAGGAAUCAAGAGGCAGCGGAGGCUUUACUGCAACGUGGGCAUCGGGUUUCACCUUCAAAUCCUCCCAGAUGGAAGGAUAAGCGGAGUUCACAAUGAAAACCAAUACAGUCUCUUUGAAAUAUCCACCGUAAAGAGAGGUGUUGUUAGCCUGUUUGGUGUGAAAAGUGCUCUCUUCAUUGCAAUGAACAACAAGGGAAAGCUAUAUGGAACAGCUGUUUUCCAAGAUGAGUGCAAAUUCAAAGAAACCUUGCUGCCCAAUAACUACAAUGCAUAUGAAUCAAAUGUUUACUGUGGUGCUUACAUUGCACUCAGUAAACAUGGGAGGGUGAAGAGAGGAAACAAGGUUUCUCCUGCUAUGACAGUAACCCACUUUUUACCAAGAAUAUGAACAUGAGCAAAGUAGAAGAUUAAAUCCCAGGAAAAACUGUUUCAUUUUGCACAUGGGAAUAAUCUCCCAGGUAAAGUAUUUAUACUGUUCAUUGAAAAAAAAUCUACAUAUGUAUGUGUAUAUUUGGUUAAAAUAUUUGUACUAGAUUCAUCACAUAGCAUAUGUAAUAUGAUGCUGCUUCUCUUAUACCCUGUACAAAUUUUACACAGCUGUGUGCCUCCUUUGGUGCUUAACAGAGAAAAAUACAAACUGGAGAGCAAUGGAAAAAAAGGAUUUGGAAGAUAAAGAAUGGCUGUGGAUAUUAAUCUAAUUAAUCAUAGGUUAUUUAUUAAUUAACAUUAAUUACCUCAGAUAAUAAUCUUUCUUAGAGAGCUGUUUACAUAUCUUGGGCCAAAUCAUCACAUGACUGUGCUUCACCAGAACUUCAAGCAGUUCACUCCAGCUGAAUAUCUGCCUGCAUGUCCCCUUCUACACACUGUGUCCUGUCUUGUAAAGUCCUCAAUCUAUUUUGAUCAUUAGGGUGCCAAUUCCACAACCAUUUCUACACAAGUAAACUGUCUACCCUGAGAGCCCCUCUGACUGAAGGGAUUAUCCAGGGUCUCCUCACAUGGACUUGUUGGCAAAAUGAAGACUUACAAUCAAUUUCCCUUAGGAAGGGCCCUAGGCUAAAUCACAGCUGGAUCCCAAAUGCAAAAUAUAGUUGGAGCUUAGGAUUUUAAAUAUCACCCCCUUGGCAUUUUGCGAGCUUAGUUUAGACUCACCUUAAAUAUAGAUGUGUAUAUCUUUAAUAUAAAUACAUGUGUGUAUAUAUAGCCAUGAUAUGUGUAAGCACAUAGCCAUGCAAGUACAUACUUUCAAUCAAUUGGUUAUCCCAGUCUCUGGAUGUCCAAGUGCCUUUGUAUGUGUACACACGUAAAAGAACACACAUAUUUAAAGGCACUGUGUUUCAUUCAGGCAGAAUCUUGAUAAUCUGUAAGAACUAGAGCUGGUCUCCAGGAUGCAUUUUAUAAAAUGCCUGAAAUUUAUUGAAGCUCCCGGCAAAGGUCUAUUUUAGAAAACUUAAUUUAUUCUGUUUUCUGCUUGAAGUGUAUUUGGUUCUUUAUCAUACCUCACUGAGGUAUGAUGAGGACAGAGGAUUAAGGUUUAUACAAGCAUGUCUUCCUGGAUUGAAACAGAGGAAUUUAUGCUAUAAUUCCAAUUUCUAUCACUUGCAAAGCACUGAUUUCAAAGAGAACACAGCAAGCUGUAUGAAAUACUCUCCAAAGCUCUCCUAGAAGCCUUGCAUAUGGUGCAUAACCUUGCUUCACUAUUUUGACAACCUUUUUCCAGAUCGCAAAUGAAGCUACAUUCUCUGUGCCUUUGAAAGAGUAUUUUAAGAGGCCCUAAGUCAAUAGUCACUAUAAAUGUCAGUUAUGAGAAGCCUUGGGAUUCCUGAAUUGAUGGCGUGUUCCUAAAUUUGAAACUAGAUUCAAUGCAAUGUCAGAGCAUGAGCAUUUUCAGCAUAGAUGGACCAUGUUGGUGCAGAAGCGAACAUCUGAGUGCAAGAUUAUCUCCCACAUCCAGCCAAAAUGUGGCUGUGUCCAGCCUUGACAUGCCAUUCUAUUUGCAGGGGAUGUCUAUUCAUGAUGAAUUUGAGCCUUCUGACAUGCCUGAAAAACAGUGUCAGGGCCAGAUCCUCAGCUGGAGUAAACCAGUCUAGUAAGACUACUAGUUUAUAGCUGCAGAAGAUUUGGCCCAAAGAGCGUAUCUACAAGGAUACAUCUACAGUCACACUUUCUGAAAAAUUAUGAAGACAAUUGGUUUGUGAACAAGAUAGAGUUUUCUAGUUCCUUUUGUGUGAUUUAGAGUUGAAUGUAUUUUGCUCAAAUCUAAGUGAUGACAACAGUGUAAAUUAAGAGGGGGAAAAAAAAAAAAAAGAGUGGAAUACAGCUUACAGUACAUGAGUGGGACACUUUGGACAUAGCAAAGGAAAGUUGUUACUUUGCAUUUUCUCGUCUCAUAGUAUGCAGAGAGAAGCCAAGCUGGCACACCUCAUUCAUCCACAAUGUGUACAGCAGCUUGAUUUGAAUUUGAUGAGAAAAAGCAGUAUGUUUUGAGGGGGGGGAGUGGGUCAGAAGAAAGUUUGGAAGAUGUCAGACAGUUACAUCGACCUAAAGUCCUUCAAGGUACAGACGGGAAGACAGUUGUGUUGAAAUACAUUAGCUGGCAACUUGUAUCCUUGUGGUAUAUUCCUAAUGAUCUUUGAAGUUUGAAAAAGAAUGGAAGAGUACGUGGACAUAGAAGAAGUCACAGUUUGAAUGUUGACACACAAGUUUGUUUCUGAGUACAGCUUAAACCAGUGUCCUUAGGAUAGGAUGAAGUCUGUUCCCUCUUAAGCCAGUGUAGUCUAGAAUUAUUCAUUGUUGCCAGUACUCAUAAAUCAUAGGAUAACUGGCAUAAACUGUGAGAAUCAGACUUGCUGACUCCAUUUUGCACAUACUGGUCAACAGUGAGAGCAAACCAUAGACCAGGUCACAAGAAGUGUUUGGAAGCAGCCUGCUAGGUUGAGCUUGUUCUUAAGAACCUCAGACCCUUGCAGAGGCAGUUUUGAUGGGCAUUUGAAAAGCCCCCUCAGUCACUCUGCCGAGUUACUCUUUACACCUCUGCUUUUUCCUUAUUAUAUAUCAAUGCCAGCCAGAUUAACACUGAGUUCAAUUUUUAAAUCAAAAAAGGUCUCCAAGGGCCAGGAAUCCUGACUAAUAUGAAUUGUGUCAUUGUCAGAAGUGAAAAUGAAAGAUGACAUUGUCAGGAGUUCUAAUUGUGGCAGGAAACCCCUCCAGCACAGUAGAGCACUGAGGCCUUGUGGAGUUUUAGACUAGAUGGAUAUGAUACUUUGAGAAAGGAACUUCUUAAGUGAAUGCAUGGCUACAUUCAAAAGAGGAAUCAAGGCACUCGUUGACACAUUGCUACAGACUUGCAAGCAGUCUAGGGGCAGCUCACAGUAGUAGAAUGUACUUUGGCAGGUGUGCAAGAAGUUCUGUAACUUGCUUGGGAAAUGGCCUGAUCCUGUAUUGCAUCAUACUUGAUUAGCACAGGAGAAGGAGGAUCUAGGCAGACCACCACUCAUUCUGCACAUGGCAGGAUAAAACUGUUGAGCUGGCACAGAGGAAAAAGGAAAAGAAAAAAAUCUGUAAUGAGAAUGUACAUGUUACAGAGCCUAUGGAGACAAUAUGGGCAUAGUCUGGUAAACUCUGAAGCGUCACUUUCUUUGAAAGAAUAUUUCCAUGAAUAUGUGACUACAUACAGAAAACUCAUGAAAGUAAAAGAGUUUCCCAAAUGAGAGACAAGUUAGGAAUGCAGUGGUCCCUUUGAAAGCUUGUCUCAUGGUCUCACUGAGUCAUUAAACGGGCCACAAGUUUUGAAAGCAUUGAUAUGAAUGUCCCACACCAGCCUGUCUUGCCCAUAUUUCACACAUGGGAUUCUCCUGUGGAGUUAAUACUAUUUUAAAGGUUUCUUCUAUAGGCAAAUUGCAUAAUAAUUUAAGUUCUAAUCCACCUUGAUUAGAAAACAGUCUUGACUGGAAAAGUAUUAUGUACUUAAAUAAUCUAAGCUUCCCCAGCUAUGCAGAGAUGAAGACACACACAAUGGAAAAGCAGAGUAAUUUUUGUAUACCUCACUAACUAUUGCAAUUCCAAGAUUUUAUUUUGCACAGUAAAUAGUGCCAAAGUUCUCACAUUUAUUUAUUUUUUUCACUACAAUAUACCUCAUAUUCUGACUCAAUAUGGACUCACAAUUGAGGCUGUAAAUUUGCCAGAAAUACAAAACUGUCCAAUCAAUUGUUUGUGAAAUUGCUUCUAUUUUUAUAUGUAUGUGCUGCGCACAAUAGUUUACUGUAUUAAUGAAAUAAACUUUUAUACGUUUUUCACA